AUGAUUGAGAUACCUGAUUUGGAUUCCAUAUACAUCCCGAAACUAGAGCAAUCUGGAACAGCCGAUGUUGCCGCUGCUACUUCAGCUGAGCAGAAUGGGUAUUUGGGGUCGACAACCUCCCCCAACUCGGUCCCACCUAGAUCCAUCGAUCAAGAGCCCGAGAUGCAAGAAGUAGGCAGCAGCAUUGAUGGGUUUGACAUAGACAGCCUAAACUUUAAAAAUGACUCGGGGCUAUCGUUUGGCAACAUCCGCUCUCAACAAGUUGAUUACGAUACACCAACAUUGGCCACAGGAUUAUCCUUUUUACCAAACAAUAUCAAUGAACAUAAAACUACAUUCAAACUACAGGAGCCACCAGUUAACGGACGCCAGGACGCAUCAUUAGAUCUACAUUCAUUCGAAGCUAAUGACCAAGUGGGGCCUAUAGAGACUCCGAGAAUCGCACUUAAGUCGCAAUACACUCGAUUAUCAUUGAACCAACUGCUAGCGUCCCCCAUGUCGAUGAUGCACGAUCAUACUGAACCAUCACCACAACUACCGGCACCGCUAUCUUCAGCAUCGUUGCAGAAUGUACUCACCAUGGACGAAGGACUAUCGCGAAAGAAUUUGGCAACAGAUUUCAAAGCUCCCGCAGAGUACACUCUACAUAUCAUAUUCACCCAGUUUGUACGAUACGCAGAACGGAAAUUGAAUGUGUUUCUCGACCAUUCUGAUGAAGCUUCGUUGCUUGGCAUAUUUGCCGAGGGGGCCGACCCUCAAUUUGACAAGAUUGUGGAGUCGUUGGGCUACAUAGCCAGGAGGAAACCCAAGCCAGUGAUUGACAGUGUCAUGUUUUGGAGGAAAUCAAAGAGUGAGGUGGCGUCAAAUGCGGCACAAGAAGUGGAAAAGGCAUUGGUUGGUGCUAAAAAGAUUCAGCCAGAGGAGUUACAGCAGCAGCAACAGCAACAACAGCAACAGCAACAGCUGGCACCAACACCACCGCCACCGAAACCAAAGCGCUCCCUCAGUUUAAUGAGGUCAAAGACUCAUCGCCGAAACCAGUCGUCUGCUUCCACAACUUCUUCAGACCCAGAGUUUCUCAAAUUGAAGCAAGCAGUGGACUCACAACUUGAUGUCGUUAAACAAACAGCAAUCAAUGCGGAAAAGAAGUCUCUUGUUUCGAUUUACAUUUUGUGCCGUGUGCUUAUGGAAGUUGUCAAGCAAACGCCUAAUGAAAUAAUGGGCGAGGAUCUUGGCGACAAGUUGGAGGAGAUUGUUUACAAUCAGUUGAAAACAAGCGAUCCUGCAAGCACUAGCCAGUCGAUAAUCCGUGCUGCAAAUUGGACAUUGUUGGCUCAGUUGCUAGGGUUGAUGUCGGAGAAACGAUUUCUUAGUGUCAGUGAUCGAUUUGUGUUUGAUUUGGAGAAAUUGCCACAACGAAUAAACCACCAGGAGGAGGCCAGAUUGCACCUUCUUAUUUCAGGUAUGAACUAUAUCAAGUUGAACCAUUACCCACCUGAGCUUUUUGAAGACAGCAAGGAGUUUAUUCAAAUCCUUGCCAAAUUUUUUGAAAGAACUACAAAUGAUGCAAUUCUUUACGCGUAUUGCGACUCGAUAUCAAGCUUGAUUCUACCCUUGGCCAACAACUUGACAGCAGAAGCCAACGACCCUGGAUGGAAUGAAGGGAUUGAGAAAAUCUACAACAAAGCGAUUGAUGCGUGGAGAGUGUGCGAGAAUAAUGCAUCGCAAUCGCAUUCUUUUGGAAGUGGCUGGUCCCACUUGAUGAAUGUGAUUACCGCAACCUUGUCCGUGUCGCGAAAGGACCUAUUCUCAUCCAAGUGGUAUGCCAUCAUUGAACAAAAUGUAUACAAGUUGAAGCCGAAAGCCGAUGCACAUGAAAAAACUGCAUUUGUGGUGUACAUCAGUCGGUUGUUGUGGGUGUACUUUAAUCGUGUUCCCGACUCCCUCAACUUAACCAUAAAGAGGUUGGAUGAAUUUUUCAAGAUGGUCUUGUUCCCCAUGGGGAAAAAACAUUGGCUCAUGGUGGAUAAUGUUGAUGCUGUAUCACAAAUGAUUCAAAUUGUCGGGUACAAUCAUCUCAACUAUACCUUGGAGAAUGUAUUGCUUCGCUUACUACGUGAGGCAGGACAUACUUUGGAACAUCUUCAAACAGAGAAGCUAAUGGUUGUGGCUAGGUCUUAUGUGAGGGUAUUGAAGGUGUUUGAGCGAGAAGAAAAGCCCCCAUUCCCAGGGAUAGCAGAGGAAGCUCUGCCGGCUUUUGUACUGGCCCAUGCACUGGCUUCCUUACUGACUUCCUUACUGGCUUCUUCACCUAAUUACACUCAAUAUGUAGCUCCCUUUCGGUUUGUUGCAAAGAAUAGCACAAACGCUGCUUUCCAUGAAGAAUUUAGCAGGACGUUUGGCUCGCUUUUGAAAUUGCUUGAUCAGCAGUAUGGAAUUGCUUUGGUGGAACCCAAAUCGCUGUCGUCGUUUACAUUUUUCAGUGAAAAAGUAUCAAUCAAGAGUGUUCAUUUGGAAUUGUUUGCUGAUUUGAUUGAUACUACUCCAUACAUUGAUGUGCCAUUGAAGCAGUUGGCAGAGUUGUUGACUAGAAACGCAGUUCAUUCAAGUAGGAAAGUACAGGAUGCUUCUGUACGUGCAUUGAAGCUGCUAUGCAUGAAGAAGAACCCGACAUCGUUGUUGAACAUGUAUGCCAAAUUUGCAUUUCAAAUGUCGGAAAAGACAAGCGUGGUUUAUGAUUCAAAUUACUUGAACUCGCCGGCUUUUUUAUACUUGUUGAAGUUGUACACGGAGUUACUCGAAACUUGGUUUCAAAUGUUUAAGGAGAAGGAGGAGAUUGAAGAGCCAGGAGAUGAAUUGGAAUGGAAGACAAUCAUUAACCUGGUGGAAAGCAUUGAGGGAAACGGAUUGUUUUUUUUGUGCUCACAAGACCCACAAGUUAGAUCUUAUGGUAUCAAGGUGUUACGUAUCGUUGAUCAGUUUGAUCAAGCGAUAUACAAUCUCACAGAGGAGGAGUCCAUCAAAACCCAUACACGUAACUCAUCACAACGAAAUCAUUCUCGAAGCUCAUCAAAGUUUGCUGCUGAUGUUGGUACUCGAAUUAUUCAUGUUCUAGAAGGGACUGAAUUCCACGACAUCAUCAAACCGUUCAAGAAAGAAUUGAGUCUUCCUGAACGUCAAAGAUUGACUCGAUUCAAGAAUGAGAAGAAUGUCUUGAUCAAGGUUGCUGAAUCAGAUUAUGGAAUCGACUCUACAAUGUGGAUACGGUUGUACCCUAAAAUCCUCGAAAUUUUAUUCGUCAAGUGUCCAAUGCCAGUAGCAAUGUGUCGAGAUAUCGUUUGUGUCUCUCUAGUACAAAUGCAUGAAUUGGUAUUGGACUAUUCUGAAAACUACAAAUCAAGCACAUCAUCAUUAUUUUCAAGACUGGUCCCCUCAGUGGCUCCUGAGGUGUUGGUUAACCAAUGGAAAUUGUAUUUGGUGUUUGCUUGUAUUACAUUAACGACCACAAAUGAGCAAAAAAUAUCCUUCCCCACUCAGCCAACCCAUGGCAGAAAAAAGUCAUUGCAAAUGUUUAUCCAACAUCAGAAAAUCACAAGCGCCAAGUCGAUUUUCCGUAUGGUUUUGCCAUUGCUCAAAUCACCACAAAUGAUGGUGAGGGAGGCGGUUAUUGUGGGAUUGAGCCAUAUCAAUGUCAAUAUAUUCAAGACGUUUUUGGAAAAUGUGCCGUUUGAGUUCAAGCUGAGGAAUUUUGCUGAAGAUCGAUUCAGGAUAGAGAUUGUGCACAUAUUGAUGAAUGUGACUGCAAAGUACAAGGAGGAGAUUUACGAGGAUGAUUCGAUUGUGGAAGACUUGAUAACCGUUGUCAAGAAUACGAAAUCGUUUCUAAGCUUGAGCACGGUGCAAGUGGAUAUUGAUUUCCAACGAUUGCGUCGAUAUUUUUGUGAGUUUUUGGAAAAUGUGUUUCUGGGAUUACAAGGUGACAAAUUGGAUUUCUGGUUACCUUUUGAAGCGAGAAUGUCGUGUUUCAAUUAUCUUCGUGAAUGGUGUGGGUAUGGGGAUACUGAGGAGCGGUACAACAUCAUCAAGCAGAAAGUGAAGGAUUCACCGGCGGCAAUUGCCCUUUUGGAAUUUGAGAGGAAACGGUUGGAGCAGGCGGCAUUGAGCUGCAUGGCGAUAUUAUGUCUGGGGAAAAUCACUCAGGAGAUUGAUAUCGGAGCCGGAGUAGCUUACGUUUCAUUUGACAUACCAGUGUUGUUGAAUUGGAUACACGCAUUGUUGGAGGAUGGACAAGAGAUUGGGAAAGUUGCAUUGGCAAAUUUACUUCAAAACAAUUACAACCACGAAGAAGUGGUGAAGGAGGUGAUUAAACAAUCUUGCACCGGAUCAGUCUAUUUCUGCAGUUUUGUUGAUGCGUUUUUAGCCAAAAAUAAGCUGGAUGAUGUUGCGGAUGAAUUGUUUGUUUUGGCUUGUUUCUUGUGUGGUAGUCAAUACAGUCAAGUGAGACAAUCUGCAUUCAAGCUUUUGUGUGAGUUUCAGAAACGGUUGGGUGGGGCUAGUUUGGAUGAAUUUGAGGAGGAUGUGUAUGGAGAUGGGCUUGGGAGAAGAAGGGGAUUACAAGGCAUUGCAAGGGCUGUUAGUGAACUGCUGCCGGACAGACCACAAGAUCCGCUGCGAGACCGGUUGUACACCCGCAUCUCCUAUUUGUCACGAUUCUACAACCAUGUGCCAUUGGAAACAAGAGAGAACAUCACCAUUAUCAUGACUACUUUCUUGCAAACAGUCAAGCUAGAAGGUGAGCUGUCGAUCAUGGUGUUGAACAAUUUAUUUGAAAUUGAGAUAAAGUUUGGGGCAGAGGCCAUGUGGCGCGCUCUCUGCAAGGAAAAUUUCGACUACAUAUUUGAGUACAUUGUCAACACUUGUCUUGAGCAUCGUAAUGCGUAUCUUGUCGAUAAGGCACGACAAGUGGUGGACAUUUUAGCAGAUUCACAUUCUGAUAAGUACCAUGUCUUGAAGAAAUUGAUUGCUAAUUUGCAACCAAAGAUGAUGAUUCCACCUGCAGCAAAGCCUCAAGAAGCAUGUUCCUACCCCUAUGUUGCUGACUUGUAUCAACUCCAUAGUGACAAGGAUGCUGCGUUUUCCCUUGGUCAGGUAUCAGUCAUUUUUUUAGUCGACUUGGUGGAAAAGUGUUCCUUUGUGAUUGAGAGUUUGCCGUUGUUGUUGCACGUAUCCUUCACAUUGUUGGACCAUUAUCUUGUAUUGGUUAGAGACAGCGCUGGAAAGCUUUUGAUACGAUUGAUUCACGCAUUGAGUGGACCAAGCGACGUUAUAUCACAAAUUAGAACUAAAGAUCGGAUCAGGAGCUUGUGGGUGUAUGAUGACUUAGACAAGAAGGGCGCACGGACGCCAAACAAUAUGAUUUCAUUGGUGAGAAACGUUCUUCAAGUGUUCAAGAUGCCCACUUUGCAAGAUGACUGGAGCAGAAUUGCCUUGACUUGGGGUACCACUUGUGCCGUGAGACACAGUGCUUGUCGAUCUUUCCAAAUAUUCAGGGUCCUUAUUUCAUUCCUCGAUUUGAGCAUCUUGAAAGCAAUGUUCCACCGUUUGUCAAACACCAUAUCUGAUGAAUCCACCGAUAUCCAGGGAUUCGCUAUGCAGAUAUUGAUGACAUUGAAUGCGAUUGCAGCUGAAUUGGAUUCGCAAAUGUUGAUUGAUUUCCCACAACAUUUUUGGUCAAGUGUUGCUUGUUUGAGCACGAUCCAUGAGCAAGAGUUUGUUGAAGUUUUGUCAACAAUGAACAAAUUCAUUUCAAAAAUUGACUUGAAUGCAACGGAUACCAUCAAUUGCCUUAUAUCCACAUUCCCACCAAAAUGGGAGGGGAAAUUCGAAGGAUUGCAGCAGAUUGUUACUGUGGGAUUGAGGUCGUCAACGUCAUGGGAACCGACAUUGAGCUUUAUUAACAAGUUGUUGGUGUUGAAGGACUCUGAAAUUGUUGGCAUGGGAGACUCUCGAGUGAUUACCGCCUUGAUUGCCAACAUGCCGGUUUUUCUCAAUGAAGAAGCGGAUGUUGAAAAGACUGCACUUGCAAUUGCCAACUUGGCUAAACCGCCACUUGCCAAAAUCUUGACCUCGUUGGGCAAGAACAAGUUUCGGUCAAAAAAGGAUUUUGUAGUGCAGGUUGUUGCUACCUUGAGAGAUUUGUAUUUUGAUUAUGAGGUGAUGAUUUUGAUUUCGUUGCUCAAGAUGCUUAGCAACCCAGCUAUUAGAAAGGAAGUGUUGUUUUUUCUCAAGGCACUCAUCCCUUACAUCAACUUCAAAAGGGAAGAGUUUCUUGGACUUGGUGCUGACUUGAUUUCGCCAUUGUUGCGCUUACUCUUGACUGAAGAUGCUGACGAUGCAUUGGAAGUUUUGGAUGAGGUGGAUGAGAUUUCAGGAUCAAUUAUGGAUAGAGAUAUCCUCAAGAACAAAGAGCUUGCCACGUCCUUGUUUGGAGUACCUCAAGAUAACGGUUGGUCUAUCCCCAUGCCGGCAGUCACUGCCGCCAGUACGCGUAACAAUGUUCAUGCAGUGUUUUCCACUUGUGUUGUUGCCUCUACUGAGGAAAAGGAGGAGGAGAUUCAAUUCCAUAGAGAAGAGUACCCGGUGGAGGAUACUGGAGAUGCAGUGUCCGUUGAAGAGAAGACCCUGCUUAGCAAUAUGUGGCAGGCGCUUGAUGACUUUGAAGGGUUUUUUGAGAGUAGCAUUGGUGAGACUACAUCACGGUUGGAUGAGUUGUUGAAGAGGGGGAGUGGUGUGAGGAGAGGGGGCAAGUAA